CAAAAGCUCACCCAACACUUACGAUCAACCAGCAAGGUUGGCGCACAGGUUCAGGACGAGCACGCAAAGGAGUCGUCUUACUAGCAAAAUCCUUGCAUGCGAGAUCCACUGGGUAGGACGCAGAACCAAUUCAGAAGUCAGCUAAACAGAGCGUAACAGGAUCGCGAUCGAAUUCAUUCGUCAGUUGCAGAGCUGUGGUGCUGAUGCUCAUUUGUUACACAUUGACAUCGACAUUGGCAUUCGAGCGGUAGACUUUUGCACUAGAACCAGCCAACAUGACAACCCUGUCGUAUGCAUUCUCUGAAAAGGACCACUGGCACAAGGGAUAUACAGAUCAACCGCUGGUCGAUCAGAACAAUAAUACUCAAAGCAAUCCGCUGCAUGGUGCUCCGGAAGAUAGUGGUCGGCAUACUGCUGUAACCAACUCGCUACGACCUUUCUACAAUGGUAAGAGUGCAUUCGUGACCGGUGGCACGGGGUUCCUAGGCAAGGUGUUGAUUGAGAAGCUGCUUCGGGCGUGUAGCGGCCUGCGUACGAUUUACAUUCUGUUACGCCCUAAACGCGGUCUUACCAGUGAGCAACGCUUUCAAGAAUUUAUCAAACACGGGGUAUUUGAUCGGCUGCGCGAUAAGACACCGCAACUGUUGGAGAAGAUUGUUUGCAUCGGGGGCGACAUUUCAAUGCCUCAAUUGGGGCUCACCGAGCGCGAUCGACUUACACUGAUAGAGCACGUGAACGUAGUGUUUCAUGUAGCCGCCACCGUGCGCUUCAACGAAGGGCUGAUCGAAGCGGCCAUUCUUAACACGGUUGGUACCAAGAGCAUACUCGAUCUAUGCGUAAACAUGCAACAGCUACAGAGUGUAGUACACGUCUCGACCGCCUAUAGUAAUCCUUGUAGGAGCGAGGUCGAUGAAAUUGUUUACCCGUCGCCGAUGGAUCCGAACCAGUUCAUUCAGUGCAUCCAGCUGCUUCCAGGAGAAGUGCUCAAUGCGAUCGGGAUCAAGCUCCAGGGCAUGCACCCCAACACGUACACUCUAACAAAAUCGGUGACAGAGCAGUUAGUGGCAGAGUAUGCCAGUCGGCUUCCACUGUGUAUCGUACGGCCCUCGAUUGUGACCGGUGCCGUGGCAGAACCUUAUCCCGGCUGGAUCGACAACGUGUACGGCAUCACGGGAAUCAUGAUGGAGAUUGGACGCGGUACCAUAAGCAGCAUCAUGUGCGAUGAACGAUGCACCAUGGACGUAAUACCAGUAGAUAUAGUAUGUAAUACUCUGAUUGCAGCAGCUUGGCAAACUGCCCAAGCAAGCCAUUCCGAUGCGGCGCCUAUGCAAGUCUAUAACUGCACAUCAGGACAGAUCAACGGCAUCAAGUGGCAUGAGUACGGGCGCAUCACACAGCAAUGUGCGGUUCGCAACCCAACGAAGUACGUAAUGCUGUGUCCGGGCUUUCGGUUCCGCACGAAUCGGUUCAUACACAAGCUGGUCGAGCUGCUGCUACACUUCCUGCCGGCUUACCUUUUCGAUGUACUGAUGCGAGUACGGGGCACAAAACCGAUUAUGGCGAAGAUCGCAAAGCGUUUCCAAAAGGCAGCUGAUACCGGUGAGUUCUUCGCCAUGCACGAAUGGACCUUCCGCAACGACAAUCUGCGCCACUUGGGAACCUUAGUCCGACAAGACGUUGCCGGCGAUGAGUUCUGUUGCGACGUUUCUGGGCUCGAAUGGGAGUCUUACAUAGAGGCGUACAUGCUUGGAAUCCGGCGGUUUGUGUUAAAGGACGGGCUGGAGAGCAUGGACCAGGCACGCAAAAAACUACAACGAUUGUUCUUGAUCAAACGACUGCUUCAGAUCGGUGCACUCUUAUUCGUUUACUAUAUUUGCGUAGAAAUUUUACGAUGGCAACGAGUCUAG